AUGCUCAACGCUUCCGCAACUGAGCUUCCGCCGCUCCCGUCCUACACCCUUACUCCCCGCCAACCACUCAUCGCCCCUAUUCCAGAUAAUGCCACCAUUCUCAUUCUCCCAGUAGUUGCCUACUGGGCCCUGUCCAUGAUUUUUCACUGGAUAGACGUGAAUGAUUACUUCCCGCAAUACCGCCUUCACACUCCAGCAGAGAUUCUGAAGAGGAACCAUGUCACCCGCUGGGAGGUGGUGCGCGACGUCAUCCUACAGCAGAUCAUCCAGACCCUCUUUGGCAUCUUGCUCAUAUUCUUCGAUCAGCCAGAGUUCAAUGGCAGAGAAGAGUAUGAUAUUGCCGUCUGGGCCACCCGUAUCCGCCUCGCCCAGCGCGCGGUGCCCCGGCUUAUGAUGCUGCUAGGAGUUGACCCUGUGAGCCUGGCGGCCAAGCUCUCGGGCUAUCCUAUUCUUGCUGCUGUCGUGUCAGGAGGCCAUUACCCGUUUCUGACCCAGGUGGUCACUUCAUCAACAGGAGAGACUGCCACAGCACCUGCCUUCGCCGCCUGGGAGUGGGCCGUUGGCUAUUCUAUAUACUACUACCUUAUCCCGGCGCUCCAGUUUGUAUAUGCCAUCACCUUUGUCGACACAUGGCAGUACUUCCUUCACCGCGCUAUGCAUAUGAACAAGUGGCUAUACACUACAUUCCACUCAAGGCAUCAUAGGUUAUAUGUACCAUACGCCUUUGGUGCUUUGUAUAACCAUCCAUUUGAGGGCUUCCUUCUCGACACAGCCGGCACCGGCCUUGCAUUCCUCACCUGUGGCAUGACCACUCGACAGGGAAUGUGGUUUUUCACCUGCUCAACGCUCAAGACUGUCGAUGACCACUGCGGUUACGCCUUCCCCUGGGACCCCCUUCAGCAUGUCACUGGAAACAACGCCGCUUAUCAUGACAUCCACCACCAGAGCUGGGGCAUCAAAUCAAACUUCAGCCAACCAUUCUUCACUUUCUGGGAUCGCCUGCUGGACACCCGCUGGAAGGGUGAUGUCACGCUGAGAUAUGAACGGUCUCGGAUGGCAGCACAGAAAAAGGUUGACGUUGACUUGGCCAGUUGCUCUCAGACUGACGGCACACAGGAACAGAAACAAAUACCACAGUCGGAAACUCACAUAGUGGCUUCUAGAGACGACGAUGAUGCAUCCACCCGUUCUUUGCUGAAGCGGAGCGUCCGCAAAACCACUAAUUCGUUUUCUCCUCAGUCAGAUUCUCUGAAGGGUCUAACCCAUCGUCUAAGUGGCAGCAUCCAGCAUAAAUAA